AUGGCCGGAAAGAUCGAAAGUUUAUCCGAUAGCAAAGAUGCCUUGCGUAAGAACUCUCUCCAUGUCGAAGAUUUUUCCACCGUCGUCGAAGGUGCUCGGGAAUGCGAGUUCUGGGAGCCCGUGGGCAAAAAGAAUAAAGAUUUCGACUGUAAUGCGAGGUCGGUAAUGGUCUUCUGGGACGUGAAGCAGUGCCCAGUCCCUUGCAGUGAGAUUCCUUGUGCUAUUCGUAAUAUCAGUUCAGCUCUUGAUAAAUUGGGCUUUCAUUGUCCGGCGGAUCUCCAUGCGUAUGGUGACAAUCUCGACCAAAAAGACGACUUUUACAAAGCCGGAAUUUGUUACAAAGUACAAGGUCAACACAUGUUGCAUACCCCAAUCGCAAACACAAGAGAUUAUGGUGAAAUGGCUGUUGACCUUAUUAAUUUCGCAUCACCGACCUAUGACUCUCCAGCAGUUUUAAUGGUGAUCCCAAAACCAGACCCAGAUACCGAGUUGCACAGGGUGCUUAUGUGUUUGGAAUCGAGAAUCGAGAAAUCACCCUCUUCUCCUAGUAAAGCCGCCUCCGAGUCCUGCUGA